AUGUCCUCUCCAAAAUUCGAAAGCAUCCAAGUCUUGCUGCUCUUCAUCAGCACCCGAAGAGCAAAAGCCGACAGACUCCUGCGGUUCACCAUCGGAAACUGUAGCCUCGAAGCCGAAGGGCUCAUGUUGCUCAUCGUCGGCACCCGCGAAGCCGAAGCCGACGACCUCAUGCUGUACAUCGUCUACGCCGGUGAAAUCCGAGACGAGAGGAAAGCGGCUGUGGUGAACACCACCGAGAUAGCAGGCGACAACACCGACAUCGAAAAAGGCGGCGUCGCACGCGAACACAUCGCCAUCAGCGUCUCAGGCAUGACCUGCACAGGAUGCGAAACAAAGCUCCAGCGAACCCUCGGCAGUCUGAACUACGUCAGCAAACUGCAAACCAGCCUCGUCCUCGCGCGCGUCGAGCUAGACAUCAACACCAACCUUGCGACCGCUGACGAUGUCGUCAAACACCUGCACCGCACAACCGAAUUCAAAUGCGAGAUCGUGUCGAAUCAAGGCUGUAGUCUGGAUCUCGUCUGCUCGGGCGACCCUUCAGCUUUGGUCAAUGGACAGUGGCCGGAGGGAGUGCUGGAUGUGCGUCGCCUGGGCAAACAAACUAUACGUGUGGACUACGAUGCGAAGAUAAUAGGGGCGAGGGACUUGAUGAGCGACGAGUGGAGCCAGUCGCUGCAACUCGCACCACCGUGUCCCGAUUCUUCCUUGGAAGCUGGUAGCAGACACGUCCGCAACAUGGGGUUGUUGACAUUGCUUUCUGCCAUCUUGACCAUUCCCGUGUUGGUCAUGGCAUGGGCUCCUCUUCCCGAGCGCGAGAUCGCGUAUGGCUCUGCGUCGCUUGCACUUGCAACUAUCGUUCAAGUUGUAAUCGCCGGGCCUUUCUAUCCGAAGGCUCUCAAGGCUUUGGUCUUCUCGAAGGUCAUUGAGAUGGAUCUGCUCAUCGUCCUGAGUACAAGCGCCGCGUACAUCUUCUCGGUUGUUUCCUUUGGCUUCUUGGUCAGUGGAAAACCUCUAUCGACGGGCGAGUUCUUCGAGACGAGUACACUGCUGGUCACUCUUAUCAUGGUCGGUCGUUGGGUGGCGUCGUUGGCGCGCCAAAAGGCGGCAGAGUCCAUCAGCAUCCGUUCCCUGCAAACUCCUACUGCCUUACUAGUCGACGAUGCAGAAGAGCGAGAAAUCGAUGCCAGGCUGCUGCAAUACGGAGAUACUUUCAAGGUUGCACCAGACUCGCGCAUCCCCACGGACGGUACCGUCAUCUCCGGCUCUUCAGAGAUCGACGAGUCGAUGUUGACAGGCGAGGCCCAACCCGUAGAGAAGCACGCCAGGUCCCCCGUCAUCGCUGGUACAAUCAACGGAAGCGGAACGCUUAGCGUUCGCCUCACCCGGUUACCUGGCGACAACACCAUCACGACUAUCGCAGGCAUGGUUGACGAAGCAAAGCUUUCCAAGCCCAAGAUCCAAGAGAUUGCCGAUACCGUAGCCAGCUACUUCGUUCCCGUCGUAGUCGCCCUGACAAUUAUCACGUUCGUCAUCUGGGUCGCCAUCGGCGUUGCCGUACGGCAUCAAUCAGGCUCCGAAGCGACCAUCGAAGCGAUCACAUAUGCCAUCACAGUCUUGAUCGUGUCAUGUCCCUGCGCCAUCGGCCUCGCAGUCCCCAUGGUCAUCGUCAUCGCAUCCGGUGUCGCAGCGAAACGCGGUGUAGUCUUCAAGACAGCGGGCAGCAUCGAAGUCGCAUACAAAACCACGGAUGUAGUGUUCGACAAGACUGGUACAUUGACGGCAGGGAAGCUGGCAGUGGUGCGGGAGGAGUAUGCGGAGGUGGGCGGGGAAGCGAAGGCUCUCUUGCUGGGUCUGCUGCAGAACAUUAAACAUCCCGUCUCGGCAGCCAUCGCCACACAUCUCGCGUCGCAGGGAGUGUCUGCUUUAACGGUACCGGAUGCUAAAGUCGUGACUGGCAAAGGUGUCGAAGGAACGGUUGAUGGCCAGAAGCUGCGCGCCGGUAACUCGAGAUGGCUCGAGCUGUCCGACGAUCCGCGCGUCCGUUCCAUGCUAUCUGAAGGCCUCACCACGGUUUGCUUCACCGUCGACAACGCGCUCGUAGCCGUUUUCGGUCUGCAAGACACGCUACGACCUGAUGCAGCCUCUACUAUCGAUCAUCUCCGACGCAGUGGUAUCAGUGUCCAUAUUCUAUCUGGCGAUGACGACGGCGCUGUCAAAGCCAUUGCCGCGCAGCUCAACGUCUCGGAACACACCGUCCGCUCUCGUUGCUCGCCGGCGGACAAGCAGACGUACAUCAAGGAUCUGCUCGCAGCACCUUCUACAACGCCAUCAAGUGGCAAAUCGCGGAAGCCGAUUGUCAUGUUCGUAGGCGACGGCACGAACGACGCCGUUGCUCUUGCCCAAGCUACGAUCGGCGUCCAUGUCUCGAGCGGAACUGAUAUCGCGCAAUCCGCUGCCGAUGUUGUGCUCGUCCGUCCUAGCCUUUCGGGUGUGUUGACUAUCAUCAAUGUGAGUAGAAAGGCCAUACAUAGGGUUGCAUUCAACUUUGGAUGGAGCUUCGUUUACAAUACUUUUGCGGUUCUGUUGGGCGCGGGCGCUUUCGUGCAUGCAAGGAUACCGCCUGAGUUUGCUGGGUUGGGAGAGUUGGUCAGUGUACUGCCGGUAGUGCUGGCGGCAGUCUUGUUGAAAUGGUCGAAAGUAUGA